AAAUGGUAGAAAUGAUGAAGAUAUAAACUAAUGUUAAGUUGGGGGAAAUUCUUACAUUUAGUUGAGGAGAAAAUAGUUGGAUGUACAUUUCUAUUUUAAUAACACAAUUACAGGAAAAGUCAGCUGGAAUGAAGGAUGCAAUGUUGGGACUUUAUACAUAUCCAGUGCUACAAGCUGCUGAUAUACUUCUGUACAAAGGGACUCGGGUUCCAGUAGGGGAGGACCAGACCUGCCAUAUAGAACUUGCUCGUGCCCUUGCAAAAAUCUUUAACAAUAGAUUCGGACAUUACUUUCCCCUACCUGAAGUAUUACUGACUGAAGCUCCCCGGAUAAAGAGUUUACGCCAUCCAGAUAAGAAAAUGAGCAAGUCGGAGGCAAAUCCUAAGAGCAGAAUAGAUCUCCGAGACUCUCCAGAUGAAAUCCGACAAAAAGUGAAGAAAGCUGUAAUAGACAGUGAACCAAAAAUAACUUAUGAUGUAGACAAUAGACCAGGUCUGGCCAAUCUGAUUGGCUUAGAAUGUGCCAUAACUGACAAAUCACCAUCCCAGGUUUGUGAGGAAAACUGUAAUGUCAUGUCGGGCCAAUAUAAGCUGAAGGUAGCAGAUCUAAUCGUCGAGGAAUUGACUCCUAUACGACUCCAAAUGGAACGGUUGCUGAGUGAUAGACAGCAUCUCAGUAGCAUCCUUGAAAAAGGACGUGACAAAGCUAUGGAAAUAGCCGAACCAAACAUAGCAGAAGUGAAAUCUCUAGUCGGGUUUUUGUGACAGAUAUACAAAUAAUAUAAAUUCAUUAAUUUUCAUUAAUUUUUUUUUUUUUUUUUGGGGCGGGGGGG